AUGACCUGUGCUGCUGCCGGAGCCUCUUCUGGCUGUCAAAGCCUCAACAAUCUGCGCUGCUGCCGCUGCCCCUCCUGGCUGUCAAAGCCUCAAAGACCUGCACUGCUGCCGCAGCCCCUUCUGGCUGUCAAAGCCUCGAUGACCUGCGCUGCUUCCACUGCCUCUUCUGGCUGUCAAAGCCUCGAUGACCUGCGCUGCUGCCACUGCCCCUUCUGGCUGUCAAAGCCUCAACAACCUGCGCUGCUGCCACUGCCUCUUCUGGCUGUCAAAGCCUCAAUAACCUGCGCUGCUGCCGCUGCCUCUUCUGGCUAUCAAAGCCUCAACGACCUGCGCUGCUGCGGCUGCCCCUUCUGGCUGUCAAAGCCUCGAUGA